AUAUCCAAGACAAUGUGAGUCGCUGACAUAUCCACAAACAAUUGCGCAUUUCAGCUGCUUGCUCUCAUAAAUUUCACUAUCUUACUAGAGAAUUUUCUUUCUUUUUCCAUCAAUACACAAAAAUCCUGAAGAGAUCUCCAGAUAGAAGAAAAUUCAAAUAAUUUUGGGUUGUGCUUGUGAAGACCUUAAAAUGAGGACAAUUGGAAGAUCUGAGGCAGAUUUGAUCAGCAAUCUGCCUUGUAGUAUCAUAGAGAACAUUCUUGGAUGCUUGCCCCUGCGAGAUGCCGUGAGAACGAGCAUUUUGUCGAGAGAAUGGAGGUACAAGUGGAUAACAUGUCCAGAACUCGUUUUCGAUUUCUGGUUUGAUCAAAUGUUCCUUGGAAACCACAAACUCGAGAUGAUUAUAUACCAAAUUCUUAGACUUCAUCAAGGACCACUGCUUAAAUUUGCCCUUCAAGUCCCUGAUUUUCGAAGUUGUCCUGAUGUUGAUCAAUGGAUUGAUCACCUACCAAACAACAAUAUCCAGGACUUCACUCUUCACAUAUCUAGGGGGGACAAGUAUGUUUUACCUUCUCGUCUUUUCGCUUUCCAGCAGUUAAGGAACUUGAAACUCUACAAAUGUGCAUUCAAUCCCCCUCCCGGGUUCAAAGGAUUCAGUAAGCUCGUGAACCUCGAUCUUCAGAAUGUUGAACUUGAUCCCGUGACAUUUGCAAAAUUUGUUGCUCUUUGCCCCAAUCUUGAAAGUUUGAGAUUAAUGGACUGCACUGGCUUUGAGUGCCUCGAAAUCAAUGCUUCCAAGUUGAAAUUUCUCGAGUUCCAUGGGGUAUUUAAAUCCGUCUCUUUCAAGAACUGCUCCAGUCUCGCUGAAGUUAAAUUAUCUUUCUCUUCCAUGGAUUUCAAAACUGGAAACCGCUUUUCGUUUGAUUUGAUCAAAUCUCUAAGCUGUCUGCCUGCGCUCGAGGAACUGCAUCUGCAGGCUUAUGUGUUGGAGGACCUCACAGAAUUUGGUGCACCUAAGAAACUUCCCAUGGCUUUGAAGACCCUGAAAACUCUUCACCUGUCUGACAUGUAUUUUGAAAAGAUUGAAGAAAUCUCAUGUGCCAUUUGCUUGAUCAGAAGCUCUCCCAAUUUACAGAAGCUUAAAAUUACAGCCUUCACUUUCGACGUGGUGGAAGCUGUUGCAGAAUUUCUCCGAGCACAAAAAAUUUCAGAUGGAUCUAUGACUCAGCUCAAAACAGUGGAUAUGCAACUCUUUUCUGGGAUAGAGUCCGAAAUGGAGUUUGUUAAGUACCUAUUGGCAUCUGCAACUGCACUCGAGGAAAUGGCAAUUUCGCCUCAUGCUGGAAGCGUUUCUGAUGGAGGAGAAUCGAUACUGAAUGAACUUAAACAAUUUCCCCGAGCAUCACCAAAAGCAGAAAUCAUUAAUUCUGAAAAGAAGGGCUGGUAAUUUGCCUUGUUCUUUGAGGUCUAUUAUUAAUCCGUGUUGUAGUUAGUGUAUUUUAGAUCGGUAGACAACCCAAAGUAUACGAGGAAACACGGCUUACUUUCUUCUUUGUUUCGAGCUGAGGUUCUGUAUCUGGUUGCUGGCUAUUUUUUGGACCAGCACAAGUAUGUCUAUAGCAGAUACAUCUUUUAAGCUCAUGGCCAUGUUUUUCAUGUGGCUGUCUUGGUAUUAUUGAAGUCAAUUGUAAAUUUAUACCUCGACGCGCGGGCUGUCCUUUGAUCUGGAAUUCAAGGUGGCUCUGUAUUUGGAGAGCAGUCUACGUAUUCACUUGUAGUUCGGAUUCAUUUGGGAUAGAAUGAUUUGAACAGUUGAAUCAAUACCAAACAACUGAUGUUCUUUUAUCAAUACAAGUAUUUUUGCAUUGUUAUGAAUCUUGAA